GUAAAUAUACUGAAAUCUUUUGAAUUUUUGUUUUUGAUUAACUUAACCAACUAAAUAUUUAUAUAAAUAGAGAUAUAGAUAGAUAGAUAGCUAGAUAGAUAAAAUUUUUAAAUAGGUUUCUUAAAUUUAAAUAGAUAAGUCAUAAUUCAUAUUAAGAUGAUAAACUAUGAACAAGAGCUUUAGAAGGCCCAUUAGCAUAUUGAAAUACUGAAUUUAGAGAAAAAUGCUUUGAAAAAAAUGAUGCAGAAAUUUUUAGAUAGGAAUUAAGAGAACAGUUUUAAUUCCAACCACGAGGAUGAGAUGAUAUUAAACUAGCUAAAUAAGAGCUAAAGCUAGAAUUAUUUAUAGAAUUAAGGAAGCAUAGAAGUAAAAACACUUCCUAAAUAGAACAGUAAAAACUAUUAUAGGUUCUAAAACGAUCUUCAAAAUAAAAUAGAUACAUUUUAAAACACUGCUAUGUUAGAAGAUGAGGCAGAAAGCGAAAAAAUUGGAAGCUCGAAUAAUGUUACAAGAAAUAUCCGAUAGCUAAAGUCUUACUAAAGUGUAAAUAAUAUCAAUAAUAGCAGCAAUGAACUGUAAAAUUAAAUUUAAGCUCAAUGUAUUAUGGUAACAAAUUUAUAGCAAAAACUAUAACAAUACUAAAGAGAUUUGCUUGCUGCAUAGUAAAACUAAUCAAAUCUCUUGAAUUAACUUACAAGCGAGAGACAAAUCAAUUUAGAAUAUAAAAGCAAUAUAUAAAAUCUAAUGAAUUAGUUGAACUAAUUGAAAAAUUAAAUAAGUCUUUUAUAAGAAAAUAACUUAUAGCAUAAGAACAAAUUGCAAGAAUAUCAGUCACAAACAAAUAAAAACGAGUAAAUAAAGAAGCAUGUUAGUGAAUUGAACAAAUAAUUCGAAGAUUUGUAGGAAAAAUUAAAUCAAAUUGAGCAAGAAAAAGAUGAAUACAAAACAUAGCUUGAGAAAAAAUCCAUUUAAAUUAAUACAAUUUAGCAAAUUAAUAAAAAUUUAAAAGGAAAUUUAGAAUAAUUGUAAAGCAAAAUUUAAUAACAAGAAGCCAUUCUAGCAGAAUUUCAAUCAAAAGCUGAAGUCGAAAAAUAGACUAUCUAUUUUAUUAAAGAGUUGGAAGUUCAAAGAAAAAUAUUUUAACAAUUCAUAGCUCAAAGAAAAAAUAAAAAUCUAUAAUCUUUGUUUAUUAAAAAUUUUUUUAAUAAGGAGUCAUUUGAAAAUUUAUUUACUGACCCCUAGAAUUAUCCUGAUCUAUUGUUAAAGUUGCUACGAUUUAACAUUGAUAUUCUUGCACUCUUUUAUGAAUAAGAGUAAAUUAGACCUAGUUCUUCUCAAGGAAUAGGAGCUAAUGGGAUAAAUAAUUUAUUAUUUGGCAGUAGUAGUAAUAACAAUCAAUCUUCUCCUUCUCCUUAAUAGCUGUUUUUACAGGGAAAUCCUGUAACUAAUAUUUCAAUAAUUGAAGAUGAAGGCACAACUAAAAAUAAAGCUAGUAGAGUCACAAAAUUUAGUUCUUAAAAUAACUUACUAAGUGCUUAGAUGUAGGGUUAGCUACAGCCAUCGUUAUAUUAAUAGGAGCUUUUACAAUAGUUUUAAUAAUAGCAAUUAAUAGCAUUUUAAGACCAAAUAAAAUAAGGUAAAAAGGAAGAAAUGGAAUCAGAAUAAUAAAAUUAGCUUCAAUAGUAAAAUGGAAUUUUGCAAUAGUACUCUAAGCAAAACAAUUAAAAUCAGUAUCUUAAAGCUUAAUAACAACUUUAAUAACAAGAGAUAUUUGACAGAAAAUAGUCUUUAGAGCCAUUCAAUUACGAAAAUUAAAAUAUUGGAAAUUUUAGUCAAAGUCAUAUUAAAAACAACAUUUAAAUUGCCAAUGAAGCAACUUCUAAUAAAUAAGUAGGGCUAGAAAAUAGAAUGAUAGAUGAUUCAGAUCAUCUUAAUAGCUAAGCUUUUUAGCAGUACCUUUUAAAAAAUUCUCAUAGUCUAUAAAACGCUAGUGAAUCUAUAGAUUAAAAUAAUAAAAAUAUGAUUUAGUAGUUUUUAAUUGAAAAAUAAGAAAAUUAAGAUGACCUAAGAAGAUCAAACAAUAUUUAAGGAAACCAGCCUAUGUCUUAUUAAAAUACAGCUCAAUAAAUUUCUAAAAAUUAUUAAUACAGCACUCCUAAUUAAUUUGUGAAGAGUGGAUAUUCAUCUCCAACUCAAGUACUUUUCUCUGAGCCAUAAUUUUCUGCUGUUAAUUAAUAUAAAUAAGGUUUAAAUAAUAAUAUUAGUAGCAGUUUUAACCCAAAUUUAAGUAAUUCUCUCAGCUAAUAAUAAGCAAGCUAUGUUAAUAACUAAUAAAUGAAUUAAAAGCAGUAGAGUUAAAUGCAAACAAAUGAUAUUAAUUAAUAUUUCGAACAAAGUUAAUCAAUAUAGGAUUAACAAUAAAGUAAAGAUCAAAAGCUGUAAUUGAAUGAAGCUUUAAAAACAUAAGAUGACUAAUAAAAUUAAAAAGGGUUACUAAGUAGUAAAAGCACCAGCUUGUUAAAUAAAUAAUAAAUUCCGGAUAAAUCUACUUCUUAAAAAAAGCAAUCUACUGUUAAUAACACUAAAACUGCAACAAAGAGCCCAUUGAGAACAUAAAAAUCCAUAAAAGGUGAUGCUAGUACACCUAAGAUUUCAAAUACAACUUCACCUAAAGUUAAUAAUACCUCAUAUAAUGGUAUUCUCAAAAAAUCAUAGUCAAUAUAAGAUGUUAAAAAUAACAGUACUAUAGCAAAUAAAAGCUAUGAUAGUAAAAGAGUUGAUACUAGUAGUACUAUGAAAACAUUAGGUACAGGCGGAAGCUAUUUAGUAGAAAAUGAAGAGAAGAAAUAAAAAGUUUAAAUUCAAACAUAAAUUCAAGCAGUUAAAUAAAAGCACAUUUCUGAUUUAGACGACCUUGAUAAGUAGCUUGAAAUGAUGAAAGCAGAAGAGGAAGCUGAAGAGCUGAGAAGAUAGUAGCAGCAAUUACUAAAUGGAAAAAAAUAAUGA